ACUUUAUGUUAGGAAUAAUCAUAGGUGGCCCGACAAUGGCUCUCAUUCAUUCGUCUUGGUGACCCUAACCUUAAAAACCAGUGGCUCUCAUAAAACCGUCUACAAGUCGUUGGAAACACGCAGCAGGCAUCUUUCCCAGAACGCGAGGCGCUCACGAUCCGGUGGAAAUGAAAGCGCGUUUUGCCCUCGUCCUCCCAUUGCUUUUGACUAUGAUCAGCGCCCAGAUAGCUCACUGGGGGGGCUGCCCGGAUCCACCAGUUCAGCCGAAGUUCAACCUGCAAAAGUAUCUUGGGAAGUGGUACGAAAUCGCUAAACUGCCGGCGCAGUUUGAAAAAGGACAGUGCAUCGAGGCGAAUUAUUCAAUAAGAGACGAUGGGAGUAUAAAAGUAUUUAACUCGGAAAUACUAAAGGGAGAAUUCAGAACGAUCGAAGGGACAGCGGUGGUUCAGGACCUCAAGGAGCCGGCUAAGAUGGGAAUCACCUUCUCUUACUUAAUACCUUAUACCCCGUACUGGGUGUUGUCUACGGACUACGAGCAGUCGGCGGUAGUCUACUCCUGCACUGACAUCGUGAGCCUCUUCCACGUGGACUUCGCCUGGAUCCUCGGUCGCACGCGCUCGUUGCCGGCGGACACCGUCCUGAGAGCCAAAGACCUUUUCACCAACAAUAACAUCGACGUCAGCAAGAUGAUCUUAACCCAUCAGCAGGGCUGUGACGUGGAUUCUAGACUGUGAAUUAAGAUACAUUUGCCAAAGAUCAUUACCUUACUGAUUAAUGUGUUUUGUCUUUUUAAUUGUUUAAUGAUUUUACUGGACUUCAUCACAUGAUCUGGUUAUUCAGAUGCCAAAUCUAGAUGAUUUUUAUUGGGGGGAGGGGGGGGGGGGGGGCUGGCAUCCUAAGAGGACAAGCAAAGGUUGUCACCCACCUCUUUCUGCUUUAUGCGCAAAAUAAAACAGAUCAUAUUUAAGUUCACAUAUAAGAUAUACACAAUAUUUAGAUAUAAUAUCUUGUUCAUCACGUGUUUAUUAAAAGUCAUAAUGAAAUGUA